CUUAACCGAUAUACACACGGAGACUUUAUACCUUGUGCUAGUUUACAUCCAUUUUUACAUAGUUAUGCUUUUUUGCAAUAUGUAACUUAAUUCAACAGAGGAACGAACUAUGCGUAAAAAGAAAAAAGUUUCGUGUAAAUGGCGAUAGAGAUGUGGCUAUAACACAGAUGUAACAAAUCAAGAAGUAAACAAAAUGGCAACCGGAGGUCAACCACAGACGCCAGACAACCGUAUAUUUUUGUUUCGGUUACAAAUACUAGUCAUUGAUGGUGGCCUCCUGGUAUUGAGAAAUAUACUAGACCAGUCCCUGACAUCUCAAUGCAUAACGUUCAGUGCGUGCUUGAAUAAAGAACAUUCAACAAUAACAAAUUUGAAAAGCCGCGGCGUUAUAACCCAGGUCCAAUAUGACGUGUUGUUUCCAGCGGGUGGUAAAGUUCCAACUUCGUCAGAUUUGGACAUCACGCUUAUCAUUUGUCUUCUUAGAAACCUGAAAUGUUUCGGAUUAAAUAGAAAAUUUGACUGGAGGGCAACACCAGCACCAACCGAUGUAACAAUGGAGGCAGACAUAUGGCGGUUAAAGGAUUUCCGAAAUAAAAUAAGUCAUAUAUCAACAACGACUGCAAUACAACAAAAUGAUUUUACUGCUUGGUGGAAUGGUAUUGAACAGAUACUUGUUCGUCAAAGUUCUCCAGCUGUGAAUAUUCAUAAAAAAAUUGCCGAAUUCAAAACUAUCCCUCUUGAUCUGGAAGAAGAGAGAAGGAUACAGGAAGAAAUAAAAAAGUGGAAGGACUAUGAAGCCGAUGUUGACCGACUGAAACAGGAAAUGACAGACAUGAAAGAAGAUGUAACUGACGUGAAGAAAAGCCUUGAAGAUGUAAAGGAAAAUGUAACUGAUGUAAAGAAAGACAUUGAAAACAUAAGAGAAAAUGAUACUGCGGUGAAGAAAGACUUUGAAGACAUAAAGGAAAAUGUAACUGAAGUGAAGAAAGACCUUGAUGAGAUAAAAAGACGGCAAGGGGCAGAGAAAAGUAAUGAAACCGAUUCAACAGUACAAACAGAGGAGAAAAAAUAUCAAAAUCACAAGAAGG